AUUUGGAAAACACAUAUAUCCAAAACAUAAAACACAUUGGAUGAUUGGUUAAACAUUGGUUCACACCUGAAAACCCAUACCUUCAAAAUUGAACACCAAUUAGUCAGCAACAAAAAAGCCCCAGUUUAAGCCUUUUGGAGAACUUUGCAAGCAUGGAUGGAGGGAGAGCCCGAGGCAGAGUUAGAGUGAGAGGAGGAGGAGGACGAGGACGAGGACAACUUAGAGGAGGACGUGUAGUAAGAGGUCAACGCAAUGUAAUAUCGGAUAACAUUAGGGCAACAUUGGUGGACCAUGUGGUAAACCAUGGUUUGACAAUGAGGGAAGCUGGACUUAGAGUCCACCCAAACCUCAGCCGCUUCACGGUGGCCUCCGUCAUAAGGACAUUCCGGCUGGAAAACAGGUAUGUGUUUGAUUCUCUUCUCAAAUAGCAUCUACAGUAAUGUAUUGUGUAGAAUUGUACUGUAAUACUGUACCACACAGCCACAUCACAUAUACGUAAGCUACUGUACUGCACUGUGGAUGAUUCUCCUUUUUGAGCAAAGGUGGUAUUCUUGUAACAUGUUACAGUUGUACGGUACAGUACAAUACAGUUACAGUAAGUAAGGUUACAGUAAGUACAGUGCAGUGCAGAAUUACACAGUAUGAGGAAUAUAAAGUGAAAAGGAGUAAUCCAAUCCAUGAAACUUGUCUGCAUAUUUCUAUAGAAUGGCCAGAAGACCAAAUGGGGUGGGCGUCGACGCAUCUUCAGCCUUCAACAGGAGAUGUCAAUAGUAAACAUAGUUCGAGCCAACAAUGCUAUCCGUCUCUACCAGCUCAGAGCUGAAAUUCUGGCUGACCAAGGGACAUUUCAAAAUGUCAAUCAGGUCAGCAUAUCAACUCUUCGCCGGAUCUUGGAGAAGCACAGUGUCACAAUGAAGCAGCUGUACCAAGUCCCAUUUGAAAGAAAUGAGGACCGGGUUAAGGAACUUCACCGUACAUAUGUUCAGAGAGUCCUGGACAUGGAUGGAGCUGACCAAAUACAUGAAUUUAUUUUCAUUGAUGAGGCCGGGUUCAACCUGUCAAAGAACAGACAUCGGGGGCGCAAUAUCAUUGGGCAAAGGGCAAUUGUGCACGGCCCUGGGCAGCGUGGUGGAAACAUCACAUUGUGUGCUGCCAUAAGUCUUAGGGGGUUACUUCACCACCACUGUAAAAUAGGUGCAUACAACGCCCAAAACAUCAUUGCAUUCUUAGAUGCACUUCAUUUCACUGUUGUGCAGGACAGACCAGACCAGACCAGGUUUGUUGUUAUCUGGGAUAAUGUAAGCUUCCACCGGGCUGCUCUGGUCCGUGACUGGUUCGACAACCACAACCUAUUUGAUGUAAUGUACUUGCCCCCUUACUCGCCAUUUCUAAACCCAAUAGAAGAGUUUUUCUCUGCCUGGAGAUGGCGUGUGUAUGACCAUCAGCCACAUGCCCGUGUGCCUCUUCUUCAGGCAAUGAACCAGGCCUGUGGAGACAUUGAUGUCCAGGCAAUACAGGCAUGGAUAAGGCACUCCAGAGCCUACUUCCCCUGAUGCUUGGCAAGGGAGGAUAUUGCCUGCGAUGUAGAUGAGGUCAUGUGGCCAGACCCAAACAGAAGGCAGGCGCCAUAAUUGUUUUAUUUACGUACUGUAAAAUGCAGGCCCCAUAAUUGUUUUUUUGAAGUGCUUUUGUAAAGUUGUUGUUGUUGUUGUUG